UAUCACUUUUUGUUGACCCUUAGUAAUUUGCAAGGCGGGUCACUAUGGUGUAGUCGAAAAAGGAAUUGGUUACUGCAUGCCAUGUCCCAAGGACGAGUACCAGCCACACGAAGGAAAACUACGAUGUAUACCAUGUCCUGAAAAUCAUGUAACGAAAAGGGAAGGAGCUUUAGACCCAAGACAAUGUUUGAUAGGAGAAAUUGAAUUACCAACGGCCAAAGCAAAAGACGCCACCACAAAAGAAGAAUCCACAACAAAAGCAGUUUUUGAUAAUCUCGCUGGUGACGAUCAUGGAACUGAAUCAAAAACACAACUGAUUAUUGGUUUGUCACUUGGCGGAUUUUUCCUACUUCUUUUUGUUACAGGUAUCGUUUUGGUACGUCGUCGGUGGAAACGUGUGUUUAUACCGAACAAAAGCACGAAAAAGAGAGAAAAGUUGACAGCAGAAACAUGUGUCGUUCAAGACUAUCCCGCCACCGUUUGUUCUUUUGCAAAUGUAAUAUAUGACGAAUCGUCCAAAACAGAUGAGAACGUAAUAUUGAAGGAUGUGGAUGAAGAUUUCCACUCGAGCCCUGUUGACAAGGCAAACACUGAUUCCUCUGAAUCCGGAGUUUAG